AGCGACCAUGGCGACCUUCAUCCCAUCGCCCCCUCCCAAAAUGCUUGGAAAGCGCGCCCGUAACAGCGACGGCAUCAAUAUCGACUAUUCGAAGCCGAUACCGUACCCGCCAUCCGAGGAAGCUAUAGAGGCGAUGAGACUCAGGAUUCUUCAGCUCGAAAACGAGCUGCGUGCCACGAAAAAGCAGAAGAUCACCCCGGCUCCGGUGCAGCAGACGGCGCUCGCCGCUGUUGCAGGAUCCUCGAAAGCGUCCGUGAUCCCUACUGAGCGCGACAUAAAGGCGGAGGCUAAGCUCGUCAAGACGCGAACAAAGAGUCUCUUUGACCAGCUCUGA